AUGAUCCCGAGCAGCGCACAGGCGACCGCCGUCGGCCAUGAUGGCAGCAGCUGCAGGACCUAAUACAACUAAUUUCGCUCAAAGUUCCGCUUUUGCUGACGCUGUACAGCGCGCCAGGCAGGUCCUGAUGCCAAGCGACCCCCAGGUGGUGGUGGUGGUGGUGGUGGCGGUGGAGGCGGCGGUGGAGGCGGCGGCGGCAGCGGCGGUGGCGGUGGUGGUGGUGAAGUUGGAUUUAUGGGCGGCCCUCCAAUGGGUGGCCCAGGCGGUCCUCCAGGGGGUGGAGUACCACAUCGUGGGCUUGGUGCAGUUGAAUCAGAGGAAAUUCAGGUUCCAGACAAGAUGGUCGGCCUUAGAGGAGCACGUGGCGGGGAGGCAGUCGAUUCCGAAGAGAUCAGGAUCCCUGACAAGAUGGUUGGCAUGAGAGGUGAAACGAUUCGUGGCAUCAAUCAACAAACUGGUGCACAUUGUGAACUUGACCGUCGGCCUCCAAGUAAUCCGAGCGAGAAGACUUUUAUCAUUCGCGGCAGUCCUGAGCAGAUUGACAAUGCAAAAAAAUUGAUUGCAGAAAAGGCAGGCAUGGCCGGUGGAGGACCUGGCCAGAAUGGCAACAGCAAUCUUGCACCACAGGGCUGGGGCAAUGCCUACCAGCAAUGGAACCAGGGCCAUCCGAAUGAUCCUACAAAACAAGCAGCAGAUGCAAAUGCAGCUGCAUGGGCAGCCUACUAUUCACAGUACUAUGGUGGGCAGCAAAAUCAGAGCAACCAAAGUAGUGCUCCAACCAAUAACCAACCACAGCCCAAUGCCAGUCAACCUACCUCAGGCCCAGCAGCUGGAGGUCAGCCAGACUAUUCGGCACAAUGGGCUGAUUACUACAGAAGUAUGGGAAUGCAUAGAGAGGCUGAAGCCAUUGAACAGCAGGCCAAAGGAAUGAAGGUUGGAGGCCCUGCCUCAAAUGCAACACCUCAGCAGGGUGGAGGUGCACAGCCAGCAGCCCCAGGAGCAGCAGCAGCAGGUGGCACAGGAGCACAAGAUUAUUCCCAACAGUGGAUAGAGUACUACCGGACACAGGGCAUGCACGCAGAAGCUGAUAAGAUUGAGGCACAGAUCAAAGCUUCUAAGGGUGGUGCUGGUGGUCCGCCAGGCAGUGGCCCUGGAGCGCCGAUGUAUAAUCCUACAUUUAACCAAGGAUAUUAGAUUGCUAGAUUUGCACGGGGUUGCAGCUCCACCUCUUCUAGGUUGAAGGUAAGUCUCGCCUCUUCUUUCAUGUAAUUU